AUGAACUGGAUCCAGAAUACAAAUCAUGGGAAGUUUGAGCAUGAGAAAUUUGUUCUGUGCUUUGCCACGGUGUCGUGUCUCUUGAUGGCCAAAUCACUUAAAAGCAAAGCCUGGUUGCUAAAUACCACGCAGCCUGAAUUUGGACUUUUGCUCCCUUUUGAAGCUCGUGUGUACAGCAGUUGCUGCUGUGCGGCUCCUUUCCCCGCGCUCAGCGGCGGGCGGGUCCCGCUGCUCGCGGUGCCCUGCGGGCGCAAGCGUAGUGCGGUCCAUCGUCUGAGGUCAGUGGAUAAUUUAUUUGUUGUUGUUCAGGAGUUCAAAGACUAUCAGUUCAAAGAAAAUAAGGAAGAUACUCUAAAGGAUUUAGAAGAUUUGGUUAAAAAGCUGUCCUGGACUGAUCCAUUGAAAGUCUGGGAGUUGAACAACAGCCUGAAAAAGAAAAAGACAAAACGCAAAAAACACGGUCUGCAGAGUCCUGCAAGCAGAGAGAAGCUGAGUGAUGGUGGAGAAGAGAGAGGAGCAGACCAAAGUAAUGACCAGGAGGACUGUGCCCAAAACCCUGUGGCUGUGGAACCUGCUGAUGGCCAGGAUACAGAGAAUCCCCAAGCAGUGACAUCCAGAAAUGGGGUGGAGGAGGAGGAAGAUAAUGAGCAAUCAGAUGUGAAGGUUGAAGUGCAGGCGAGUUCUGAGAGUGGGACCAAGGCUAGUGACGGUCAGACAGGUGAAGGAGAGGCAAAGGUGCUGAAGUUCCGAGUGACGUGCAACAGAGCUGGAGACAAGCACAGCUUCACGUCAAAUGAGGCUGCGAGAGACUUCGGUGGAGCUGUGCAAGAGCACUUCCAGUGGAAAGCUGACAUGACCAAUUUCGAUGUGGAGGUUCUUCUGAAUAUUCACAACAAUGAAGUCGUGGUGGGAAUUGCAUUAACUGAAGAGAGUCUGCACAGAAGGAAUAUCACACACUUCGGACCCACGACGCUGCGUUCUACUCUGGCUUACGGCAUGCUCAGACUCUGUGAUCCCCAGCCCACAGAUAUCAUCGUUGAUCCCAUGUGUGGUACAGGUGCCAUACCAAUAGAGGGAGCUGCAGAAUGGCCCUACUGCUACCACAUUGCAGGGGAUAACAGCCCUCAGGCAGUGAAGAGAGCAGCAAACAACAUCUGCUCCUUACUGAGGAAAAACGAGAGUAAGGACAGCAGCAGUGCCCUGGGCGUUCCCUUGGACAUCAUCCAGUGGGACAUCUGCAACCUGCCGCUGCGGACAGGCUCUGUGGACAUCGUGGUGACAGACAUGCCCUUUGGGAAGAGGAUAGGGUCGAAGAAGAAGAACUGGGAUCUCUACCCAGCUUGCCUGAUGGAGAUGGGCCGGAUCUGCACCCCAGGGACAGGCAGGGCUGUGCUGCUUACCCAGGACAAGAAAUGCUUUGCCAAGGCCUUGUCCCGCGUGGGACACAUCUGGCGCAGAGCUCAGACGGUGUGGGUGAACGUGGGGGGACUCCACGCUGCAGUGUAUCUGCUGAGGCGCACCUGGGAGAGAGCAGAGGAGAGAAGGUCCUUCUGGUGAGCUGCGUGGGAGAAGACAAGGGACGCCUGCAGACUGUUGAAUAGCCAGCUGCGGGAGCAUAGGUCUGCCAGUUUCAAAACCAACCAACCUGUGGAGACAUUGGCACACAAAUAUUAAACCAGGGAUCAACUUCAGAACUUUGGCAUCAACUUUCCUUGGCUUGAAUCUUCUCUUUCAUUUUUCAGUUAAACAUUUAUUUCUUCUCCUUACAGUAGAAAACAUGUUGAAGCUGCUCUGGGGGUGGCAGUUUACUUACCAAGGUGUAUCUUCAAAUGCCUAUCAGUACUACUAAGAGUGUCAGAUUAAAGGGUUCAGGGGUAGUAUCUCUAAUGUAAUUUUCUAAUUUAUACCAUUUCUCAAAUGUAAACUAAUAAUAAACCAGUAUCAGGAUUUUGUGGUCUGAUAAGCAAAUUCCAGUUGGCAAACAGUAUGCUGUGCUACUGCUUCUCUUGCCUGUUACCUCACCUUAGGGCUAAUUAUCAGUAAAUGUCUGAUCCGUAUUUUAGUGUUCCAUUACCAUGGGUGAGGGGGUAACACACAGCCUUAGAAAACAGUCUGUAGUUACUAUUUGAGGACAGAGAUUCUUUUAGCAGUUAUAUUAAAAAGUUGAGGGUUUCAGUGUCUACCAUGGAUGCAUCAACGUGGCAAGUUGAAUUUCUUAGGUAAUUUAACUACCACAGCUACACUGCCUCAGUAUUCACAAAAAUAUUGUUGCAAAUAUUUUUUUCCUCUGUGACUAUACUAUAAUUUCUCAGGCCUCUUACUCUGCUCAUCAGGGGCUGAAAACACAUUGCUGGUUUGCCCUUUCCAUUACAGUGUGUUCAUGCUAAGUAUGUGUAAUUGUUCAGAGGUUAAUUAACAAGUAUUAAAGUUUUGGAAGAUUUGCAUAGA